GGCUGGAGUGGAUCCCCGGAACCGCCCGCUUUAUCCUAGCCCUGCCUAGGCACUGACUUUGGCCGGUUGGCGGAUGGAGCUGUUCUACUGGUGUGUGCUGUGCCUCCUGUUACCACUCACUUCAAGGACCCAGAAGCUGCCCACCCGAGAUGAGGAACUUUUUCAGAUGCAGAUCCGGGAUAAGGAAUUUUUUCACGAUUCAUCUGUGAUUCCAGAUGGAGCUGAAGUCAGCAGUUAUCUCUUUAGAGAUACACCUAGAAGGUAUUUCUUCAUGGUUGAGGAAGAUAACACCCCACUGUCAGUCACAGUGACACCUUGCGAUGCACCUUUGGAGUGGAAGCUUAGCCUUCAGGAGCUGCAUGAAGAGUCCAGUGCAGAUGGAUCAGGUGACCCAGAACUACUUGACCAGCAGAAGCAGCAGAUGACUGAUGUAGAGGGCACAGAACUAUUCUCCUACAAGGGCAAUGAUGUAGAAUAUUUUCUGUCUUCAAGUUCCCCAUCUGGUUUGUAUCAGUUGGAGCUUCUUUCAACAGAGAAAGACACACAUUUCAAAGUAUAUGCCACCACCACACCAGAAUCUGACCAGCCAUACCCUGAAUUACCAUAUGACCCCAGAGUUGAUGUGACCUCCUUUGGACGUACCACAGUGACUUUGGCCUGGAAGCCAAGCCCUACAGCCUCUAUAUUGAAACAACCCAUAGAGUACUGUGUGGUCAUCAACAAGGAGCACAAUUUCAAAAGCCUCUGUGCAGCAGAAACAAAGAUGAAUGUAGAUGAUGCCUUCAUGGUGGCACCCAAACCUGGUCUAGACUUUAACCCCUUUGACUUUGCCCAUUUUGGAUUUCCAACAGAUAAUUUGGGUAAAGAUCGAAGCCUCCUGGCAAAACCGUCUCCCAAAGUGGGGCGCCAUGUCUACUGGAGGCCCAAGGUUGACAUUCAAAAAAUUUGCAUAGGAAAUAAAAAUAUUUUCACAGUCUCUGACCUAAAGCCUGAUACCCAAUACUACUUUGAUGUCUUCAUGGUCAAUACCAACACCAACAUGAGUACAGCUUAUGUGGGUGCCUUUGUCAGGACCAAGGAGGAGGCAAAACAGAAGACAGUGGAGCUCAAAGACGGGAGGGUCACAGACGUGUUUGUUAAAAGGAAGGGGAAAAAGUUUCUACGGUUUGCUCCAGUCUCCUCUCACCAAAAGGUCACCUUCUUUAUUCAUUCUUGUAUGGAUGCCGUUCAAGUCCAAGUGAGAAGAGAUGGGAGGCUGCUUCUGUCACAGAAUGUGGAAGGUAUUCGGCAGUUUCAGUUAAGAGGAAAACCCAAAGGAAAAUACCUCAUUCGACUGAAAGGCAACAGAAAAGGAGCAUCAAAGCUGAAAAUACUGGCUACCACCAGGCCCAGUAAGCAUGCAUUCCCCUCUCUUCCUGAAGACACAAGAAUCAAAGCUUUUGACAAGCUACGUACCUGCUCUUCAGUUACGGUGGCAUGGCUUGGCACCCAAGAAAGGAGAAAGUUUUGUAUCUACAGAAAGGAAGUGGGUGGAAACUACAGUGAAGACCAGAAGAGAAGAGAGCAAAACCAGUGCCUAGGACCAGACACCAGAAAGAAAUCAGAGAAGGUCCUUUGCAAAUACUUCCACAGCCAAAACGUACAGAAAGCAGUGACUACAGAGACAAUCAGAGAUCUACAGCCUGGGAAGUCUUACCUGCUGGAUGUUUAUGUCGUAGGACAUGGGGGACACUCUGUGAAGUAUCAAAGUAAAAUUGUGAAAACAAGGAAGGUCUGUUAGUUACCUUGAGUGAAGAUCGGUAGAACUCCAGGAGAGACAUGGAAUCACACUGCUUGUAACUGACUACUCUCGUGAUAAACAAAAGUUGUACUUGAAAGAAAGGGUAACAACAUGUGUACAUUGAUGCUUGUCUAAUGUAGCAUGGAGACUUGUACUCACGCACACCUGUGGUACUUAGGGUCCAUCUGUCUAAUGCUGGUUAAUGUCAAAAGAAGAGGGUAUCUCAAUGGAUGCCACCCCUUGCUUUGACCAUUGCAUGAACUGCUUCUAAAUUAUUUUAUUACCUAAAAUUUUAAAAUAUGCCAUUCGUUGCACACAUUCACAAAUGCAAAUAAUUCCUCUCUAUAGAUGUUAGGGGAAGUUUAUAUAUAAAUAUAUAAAUAUAAAUUAUUUUAUAAAGUCUGUUUUAAUUGUUGGUGUUUCUAUUAUUGUAAGCUAUUAAAUUCUUUCUCUGUUAAAGUAUAGAUCUAAUCUAAGAUCGUAUCACCCUCUAAGCAGUAAUAUUGUUGUAAAUUCUUAUUUGUUCAGUAAAAUGUUUAAAUGCUGUCUGUAUGUAUCUCAUGUAAAAAGUUGAUAUACAUUAUAUUCAUGUACAUAAAAUUAAGAAUAUUAGAUUAUUACACCGUUCGUUUUCCAAAGCAGUACUGUGGUAUAUUCAAUUGCUUAUCUGUCCUUAAAACUGUGCUUUUCUGUAAGUUGGCACCAAAAUUUAGUCUUAUUUAGUAGCUAGGAGGGAAAUGUUGACUCUCUCAGUCUUUACUGGCAUCAAGAGCUGGUUAUUCAAGUCUGGAUUUGGGAACUCAAUGGGAGACUAAGAACUGUAAUAGGCUUGUUUGAGCAUAGAAUAAGCCAAACACUAUCAACCUGAUAAGCGAUCAUUUUAAACAUUUAUUUUCCAUUUGCUUAAAUUUUGGCAAAUCUUUUAACCGCUAGCUGAAGCAAGAGAGAACCUUGAUUAGGACUUUCAUCAGUCACAACACAACGCUACAUCUGCUGCUUACAAGAUUUAUAAAACACUGCUGCAGGUAAUUUUGAGUUUUCAACUGUUUUUAAAGGUAAUUUUAGUGUAAGAUACAAGUCUAGCAAAUAACAUUUGCAGGCUCUACCAAGGGAGCUUGGGGACACUUUUAUCCUCUACAGAUUUUACCUGGAAAUUCCAAGGCAACAUGAGACCAUAAAAGCAAGCUUCAGAAAUACUUGUAAUUGUUGGUCACCUAAAACCAUAUGACUUUAGGAGAAUGUUACUGCCCACCAUCCCCUUUCCCACUUAUAACGUUGAGGAAGUGGUAGAUGUGGAUACAAUGACACUGUGAAAUAUCUUCUGUCACGAGAAGUUGCCAUUUGCAAAAUCCUGACCCUAAACCCUUACAUGCUAUGGCUAGAGUGAGGACAGGCGCAAUGGUUCCUCUUUUUGCUGUCCACUGCAUGCCGGCACAGAUUUGCUGGUGAGAGUUCACCAGCAGCAUUUCUAUGGAGUAUAGGAAUACUGUGGCAGAGAUGGCGUUAUAUAUAGUUUCCCUAUGACGUGUGCUCUGCUUACCUUAAGGGAAAGUACAAGCAUUAAGGCAUACCCUCUAAAUCCUUGGCAGUAACUUUCAGAAAAAUGGAUCCAUGCAUGCAAUGCAGGAACAACAUCUGAAAUAAUUUUUUGGAAGCUGACAACUAUAUACCCAAUGUUUUAUUUGAGCAGCUUCAAUAAAAGGAGAGACUGACAAAUUAACACCCAGAGAAAUUAUAUUCAGCUAUAGAUGUGAGAAAAGUAGCUUCCUAAUGUUGCUGAGCAGCUUGUAAGUGGGACUACAGUGAAUCAGAUUACUGCUGCUUUGAAGGUCUGGGAUCUUGGAUACUGCCUAACUCUCAGCAUCUGGGAACCAGGAUGAACUGAUUUUAAAACACUUUGAAAUUUCUGCUAGGUGUGAUAGUAGUUUCUUCCUAUUGUGGACAAAUACAGAAAUCCUCUCAUGACCCUAGGAUAAAAAUUGCCUUUUCCAACUAAGGAAAAUUGAACACACAUCAUGAAAUGCUUACUGCUCAUAACAAAGGGAAAAGCCAUGAAAAUCAUACCUCACUGAUGUGCUAAGAUUUCAAGAGCAUCCAGUGGACUAGGAACAAGGAAGGGACUCAUUCAUUCACAUUUUAGAAAUAACUACAUGCUUGCUAAUAUAAAAGCAAAACCUGGCCUACGCUAAUCUCUGAGUGAACAAUAGACACUGAGGGGGAUGAUACCCAAUGCCAUAUGUAGACGGAUAUUGAGAAGAGAAGGUUUAGAGAUAUUUAUCUCACUAUCUUUCCUUUUCAAGUACAAUGACAGAGAAAGAACAAAAUAUAUUUAAAACAAGAGAAACAAAAAAUAGAAAAGUUUUGCCCACACAAAUGUAUACCAGGAGACAGAGGCAGAUGGAGUUCUGUGAGAUUGAGUUCAGCCUGGUCUAUUUAAUGAGACCCAGGCCCACUAAGGACUACAAGGUGAGACUCAGUCCAGAAAAAUUAAGCAAAGCAAAACAAACAAACAAAUGGUUCUAUAGUUGAAAGAGUUAAGAAAGUUACAUCAUAGACUCCAAAAAUGCUUUCCAAAUCCAAGUCAUCAAAUUUUGUUUGAAAAAAUAUUCA